CGCCCGCCGGCCCCGCUGCCUCUCCCGCCAUGGAGGAGCCGCCGCUCCCGCAGCUCCCGCAGCUCCCCGCGGCCCCCUCGGGGGACGCGGCGGCCCCGCCGCCCCCCGCAGACGGCGAGCCCUCGCCCGCAGCCGGCCCCGAGUGGAACAUCCCGCCCAACGCGCCCGCCUGCAUGGAGCGGCACCUGGAGCGCGUGCGGUACCGCGCAGACGGGGCCCUGCUGCUCGGCGCCUCCGGGCUGAACGGGCGCUGCUGGGCCGGGUCGCUGUGGGUGUUCGCCGACCCCCGGCGCGCCCCCAGCGAGGGCUUCUGCACGGCCGGUGUGCAGACGGAGGCGGGGGUGGCCGACCUGUGCUGGCUGGCGGACAGGGGCAUCCUAGUGGCCUCCGACUCCGGUGCCGUGGAGCUGUGGGAGCUGGAGGAGAACGAGACCCUCAUCGUGAACAAGUUCUGUAAAUACGAGCACGACGACAUCACGACGUCGGUGUCGGUCCUGGCCGGCAGCACCCAGGCUGUCAGCGGGGGCAGGGAUUUCUGCGUGAAGGUUUGGGACAUCCCUGAGCAGACGGUGCUGCACUCCUACAGAGCUCACUCGGCGGCAGUGACAUGUGUGGCUUCCUGUCCUGGUAAGGACACUGUGUUCCUGUCCUGUGCUGAGGACAACAGAACUUUACUCUGGGACACCAGAUGCCCUAAACCAGCUACCCGAAUUGUUUGCAGUGCCUGUAAUUACCUCCCUACCUCAAUCAUGUGGCAUCCACAGAAAAGUGACAUCUUCGUUUUGGGUGAUGAAAGUGGAACAGUUGCACUAGUAGACACAAAGAAUCCUGACUCUGCCCUCAGUGCCACCGUGCACACCCGGAGCAUCACGGGGUUUGCAUUCUCUGCACACAGUUCACCCUUACUGGCUUCAAUCAGUGAAGACUGUUCAGUUGCUGUUCUUGACUCAGACCUCUCAGAGGUGUUCAGAAACCGUUCUCAUCGAGACUUUGUAAAAGGCUUGGCCUGGUCUCCUUCAGACGAUGCCUUGCUCACUACAGUUGGAUGGGAUCAUCAGGUUCUACAUCACACUGUCCCCAUACCAACUGGUGAAGCUUCUGGAGUCAACUGUGUAAAAGAAUAGUUUUAUAAACUCAUGGUCCAAGGUCCUUCCUGGCAUCACUUUGAUUCUGCUGAAGUCGAAGGUGUGUGUGAACUGGAGCGGGGAUGGUCUGUUGUCUGCCUUGAGGCUUGUGGCUAAGAAGGUUCCUGUAGUAAUUUUGAAUUAGGCCUAAGUUAGUUACAAAGCAAGCUUUGCCCUCUCCUCAGGAGUGCUUCUGUAAUACCCAGAAAAAAAAAAAAAAUUGGCUUCAGGUACAGAGGAGACUUGGAGAGAUGGGGAAUUAGGGGUAAUGAAAAAUAAACUUAAGUCAAAAAGGCUUGAUUUCUCCCUCAGUUCUCCAAAC